GUAAUUGGGAAUGAACAAACUCAGAGACCCUUUCUGCUCACAGACCAGAAGGGUCAGGUCUGCAGAGAUCUCAUGAUGCCCUUCACCAAACUAAUUCAACAUCUAAAGCAGGAACUUGUAGCCACCGCUUUUCUCCUGAUCUGACCGGAAGACUUCAAGAGAUCCUUUCAAAAGAGGGAGAGAAGCAGACCAAGGGAAAAACAAAAGAAGACAGGCAGAAACAAACAGGAAUUACCAGUGACGAAGAGGGAAAGACAAAAAAGCAAAAACAUGAAGGGCAGAGAAGGAUAGAUCCAGAGGAGGACAGAAACAGGUAUAGUAGGAAGAAGAGAUUGGAUUCAACACACAACAAGGCAUCUGCUCCUCCUGAUCAGUGGACUGAUAAAGAUGAAUUAAAAUUAGAAAGGACAAAAAGACAUCAAGCAGCUUGAGACACCAAGGCCACAGAACCACUCUCCGGGGAUGCAAAGCCCAGUCAUGAUCUGCUGUGUUUUAGCAUGUUUCUUAUGGUUCCCCCAAGUGAGAGGUGAGGAAGGCUGCCUCAACCCUGAACUCUGUUCAGGCACACCGUGGGACCGUUUGUGGUAUAUCUGGCUGGUGGUGGUGAUUGGUGGGCUGCUGCUCCUGUGUGGCCUGGUUUCCAUCUGUAUGAGGUGUUGUUUUCAUUGCCGACAGACAGGGGAGGAAUCAGGCCCUCAGCCCUACGAGGUCACCGUCAUUGCUUUUGAUCAUGACAGCACCCUCCAGAGCACUAUUACCUCUCUCCAUUCUGUGUUUGGGCCUGCUGCCAGGAGGAUAUUAGCAGUGGCGCACUCCCAUAACGCUGCACAGGGAACACCGCCCCUCCCAGCAUCAGACACUCCACCAGUCUACGAAGAAGCUCUGCGUAUGAGCAGGUUCACAGUCGCCAAGGUGGGACAGAAAGUGCCAGACCUGGACCCAGUGCCAGAGGAAAAGCUGCAGGCCUCUGCUGAGGGCAGAGAUGCCCAGCCAGCCCUCCCAGGGCACUAGUGUUUGUUUUUAUGGAAUGGCAAAUAAUACAGAAUAGUUACGUGAAGAGACUAAUUCUUCUGAGAAGGAUUAGGAAUAUCAGAUUAACCUCCUUAAUCUACUGAAAAGGGGAAAAAAAGAGACUGAAAUAGUUUCAGAUCCAGCAGAUCUCCUUUAGAUAAUUGACAACUGGCCUUCCCUAUGUCCAUUUAUUACACACACCCAUCACUAGUUUCACCCCUUGCACAAAAAAGCAGUCAGCAGGAUCAAGGUGUUGAGCCGCUUUGCAGGCUAGCGACCUGCAGGGAGCUUGCAAAUGCUGUCUCACUCUUCUUGGCUCCAACCUAAGCUUCCUGGGUAUGGAAAAGAGCUUUUCACAACAGGAAGAAUGCAGCCAUGUGAGAAGAUCUUAAUACCUAAUAAUAGCAUCAAACUUCUUUUGAAAGUGCCAACCAUUUACAGUAAAGUUAAAAAAAAAAAAAGAAAGAAAAAAGGAGCUCUGUAGAAACACAGUCUGCAUGUAAACAAAAGAUAGCACACACUUGAUAGUAUGUUCAAUAUAGUGCCCUAAAUUCCCUACAGGAUAUGCAGAAUGAAUACAGAUCAGUUCUGAAUACUGUUUCCUCUCCUACUCUGAGAGGAAAUAGCAACUCUGAACUAGUAGCCACAAGUUCUUCCAUUUGAAUUAAGGAAUUAUAUAUGCAUUAAUAGAUCAAACAAGGGGAGGAGCAAGAACAUCACCCCUGAAGUAAAGUUCAAUCAUAAUUUAGUUGCAUUCAUAUUUUAUCAAUUAUUAAUUAUUCCUAAUGUUGCUUUCAAAACCAGAUCAAAUAAAUAAGAUAAUUUAAAAUAGUUAAGAUAUUUCUCAAACAGAAAUAAUCUGUGGGUCUUUCUGUUGAAUCAUCCAGAAAUAGUAAUCAAACUCUUUGGAUGAACGAGUUAUGGACCAUCUGUAAAAUAUUUUCUUGGACUAGGUAGUCAUGAAUCAUACAAUCAUAGAAUCACAGAAUGGGUUGGGUUGGAAGGGACCUUACAGAUCAUCUAGUUCCAACCCUUUGCCAUGGGCAGGGACACCUUCCACUAGAUCAGGCUACUCGAAGCUUCAUCCAGCCUGGCCAAUCUUCAUCCAAUGUCUUCAGGGAUGAGGCUUCCGUGACUUCUCUGGACAACCUGUGCCAGUGUCUCACCAGCCUCACAGUAAAACAAUUCUUCCUCAUCUAAAUCUCCCCUCUUUCAGCUUAAAAUAGGUACCUGUUGUCCUCUCCAGCUUUCCUGUAGGCCCUUUCAGGUACUGGAAGGCUGCUAUAAGGUCUCCCUGGAGCCUUCUCUUCUCUAGGUUGAACAAGCCAAAUUCUCUCAGCCUGUCCUCAUAGGGGAGGUGCUUCAGCCCCAUGAUCAUCUUUGUGGCCUUCUCUGGACUCACUCUAACAGAUCCAUGAUGUCCUUCCUGUGCUGAGAACUCCAGAAUUGAAAGCAGGACUCCAGACGAGGUCUCACAAGAAUGGAGUAGAUGGGGAGAAUCCCCUCCCUCGACCUGCAGCUCACUCUUCUUCUGAUGCAGCCCAGUAUUGGCUACUCUUAAUCCAUUCUCUGCCCAGCCGGUAACUGUGUUUGUGAUUGUCCCAACCCAGGUGCAGGGCCUUGCACUUAGCCUUCAGAAAAGUUGAUUGUUGAAUCACAACACUAUGGUGGUCUCUGCCCCAGAUUCAGCAACUGGAAGCACUAAAGCAGAAGGACAUCAAAUACCAGAUGAUAAACAGUCACGAAUGAAUUGCAUGUAUACAUUAAUAUUGACAUGAUUGCAUAGGUCACGGUUAUCAUAUGUUUAUGAAGUGCUUGCAUGGAACUUUCUGCUGGAGUACCCAAAUUCUCACUGUCCUUAAUAUGCUGAUCUUCACAAUACUUCUGAGAAAAUACAGAGAAUAUGGUUAUUUUAUGUAUAAGGAGAGCACGGACCAGGUCCCCAAAUAUGUUAAUCAAUGUAACUGCUGUUGAGACGACAGCCAUGGAGAAUUUUAGAGAAAGUUGGUAAUACAGCUUCAGGGAUAGCAUAAGCAGAACUGAAUGACCGAAACACCUUCAAUGGUCUCCCAAACCUUAUCCAGUCAUGGGAAUUUUGUAUCCAAGGGAAUUUAAUGAUCGUCUUGAUUUCCUAGGUCACAAACUUCUUCCUGAACUGCCUAGCUACUACCUAACUGUACCAUUAAUCAGUGAUAAACUGGAAUGGAGUAAAUAAAUAAAUGGCAUGCAAAGUUAUGUGUCUUCCGCACAAGUACACUUGAAAUAAUAAUAACAAUGGUUGUAGGACAUCUAUUAGAGACCUAUUUCAUCAGCCA